AUGCGUGUGCCACGAGUGGCGCCUGACAGAGUGCAGGGCACUGGGAGUGCACCUGGCCCCCCAGCCCUCUGGAGCCCGAACUAUCCCAUUCGGCGGCACAGAGGAGCUGGCCGGGGAUGGCCCCGAUUCCCCUGGAGCCUGCUGCACCGGGGCUGGGACCCCGCCUCCCGCGCCGGGAUUGUUGUCAGCGAAAUAAAGCGCCAGCCGUUUGCUAGAACCCGCCGUGUCCUGCGUCUGGGGGGGUGGGCCACGCCGGGGGUCACGGGGACGCUGGGGCUCCCGCCCGCCGGCCGGGCGUGGGCCACGCCGGGGGUCACGGGGACGCUGGGGCUCCCGCCCGCCGGCCGGGCGUGGGCCACGCCGGGGGUCACGGGGACGCUGGUGCCUCUGCCCGCCGGCCGGGCGUGGGCCACGCCGGGGGACGCUGGUGCCCCUGCCCACCGGCCGGGGGUGGGCCACGCCGGGGGUCACGGGGACGCUGGUGCGCCCGCCCGCCGGCCGGGGGUGGGCCACGCCGGGGUCAGGGGGACGCUGGUGCGCCCGCCCGCCGGCCGGGGGUGGGCCACGCCUGGGGUCACGGGGACGCUGGGGCUCCCGCCCGCCGGCCGUGGGCCACGCCGGGGGUCACGGGGACGCUGGGGCUCCCGCCCGCCGGCCGGCCGGCCGUGGGCCACGCCGGGGGUCACGGGGACGCUGGGGCUCCCGCCCGCCGGCCGGCCGUGGGCCACGCCGGGGGUCACGGGGACGCUGGGGCUCCCGCCCGCCGGCCGGCCGUGGGCCACGCCGGGGGUCACGGGGACGCUGGUGCGCCCGCCCGCCGGCCGUGGGCCACGCCGGCCGUGGGCCACGCCGGGGGUCACGGGGACGCUGGGGCUCCCGCCCGCCCGCCCGCCGGCCGUGGGCCACGCCGGGGGUCACGGGGACGCUGGGGCUCCCGCCUGCCGGCCGGGGGUGGGCCACACCUGGGGUCACGGGGACGCUGGUGCGCACGCCGGCCAGGGGUGGGCCACGCCGGGGGUCACGGGGACGCUGGUGCCCCUGCCCGCCGGCCGGGCGUGGGCCACGCCGGGGGUCACGGGGACGCUGGUGCCCCUGCCCGCCGGCCGGGCGUGGGCCACGCCGGGGGUCACGGGGAUGCUGGGGCUCCCGCCCGCCUGCCGGCCGUGGGCCACGCCGGGGGUCACGGGGACGCUGGGGCUCCCGCCGGCCAGAGGGGUGGGCCACGCCGGGGGUCACGGUGACGCUGGUGCCCCUGCCCGCCGGCCGUGGGCCACGCCGGGGGUCACGGGGACGCUGGGGCUCCCGCCCGCCUGCCGGCCGUGGGCCACGCCGGGGGUCACGGGGACGCUGGUGCCCCUCCCGCCGGCCGGGCGUGGGCCACGCCGGGGGUCACGGGGACGCUGCACGGGAUUGUGGGAGGAAGCGGGGCGGACAGAGACACCCAGCGAACAUGGCUGCACCAUGAUCCGCCUCGCCAGCGGCCGCCGCCUCCCGCAGCCCCAGCGCCAGCGCCGCCAGCCCGGGGCCUGA